UCUGCUGGCAUUCCUGCAACUAAAGGGGACAGAGUGAGUCAUAUUCCGGUAACCAACCAGCUCCAAACAAGAAGAGGUCAACAGUGAAAAGGAUAAAAACACAAAAGGCUCAAUCAUCACUGAACUCUCAUAAACCUGCGCAAUAAAGAGAGGAAGUGGUCCUGCAGGAAAGUCCGGACAAGACGGCAGUCCUGGGACACCUAGUGAUAAGUCUCUCUCUGUUCUCUAGGGCUUCACAGGGAAAGUUGGCAUGCAGGGUCCCCAAGGGCCAGUGGGCAUGCAUGGCUACUCAGGAGCCAAGGGUUUAACUGGUCAUUUUGGAGAGAGGGGAGAACCUAGUGUGAGAGGCACCGCCGGUAUCCCUGGGAAGAGUGGACCACCGGUAUCCCUGGGAAGAGUGGACUGCCGGUAUCCCUGGGAAGAGUGGACCGCCGGUAUCCCUGGGAAGAGUGGACCGCCGGUAUCCCUGGGAAGAGUGGACUGCCGGUAUCCCUCGGAAGAGUGGACUGCCGGUAUCCCUGGGAAGAGUGGACCGCCGGUAUCCCUGGGAAGAGUGGACCGCCGGUAUCCCUGGGAAGAGUGGACUGCCGGUAUCCCUCGGAAGAGUGGACUGCCGGUAUCCCUGGGAAGAGUGGACCGCCGGUAUCCCUGGGAAGAGUGGACCGCCGGUAUCCCUGGGAAGAGUGGACCGCCGGUAUCCCUGGGAAGAGUGGACCGCCGGUAUCCCUGGGAAGAGUGGACCGCCGGUAUCCCUGGGAAGAGUGGAACGCCGGCAUCCCUGGGAAGAGUGGACCGCCGGUAUCCCUGGGAAGAGUGGACCGCCGGUAUCCCUGGGAAGAGUGGACCGCCGGUAUCCCUGGGAAGAGUGGACCACCGGUAUCCCUGGGAAGAGUGGAACGCCGGCAUCCCUGGGAAGAGUGGAACGCCGGCAUCCCUGGGAAGAGUGGACCGCCGGUAUCCCUGGGAAGAGUGGACCGCCGGUAUCCCUGGGGAGAGUGGACCGCCGGUAUCCCUGGGAAGAGUGGAACGCCGGAAAGUACACUAUACUGACAUUCACAUUGUGGAGAGAAUAGUCUAAACUGAUACUGGUGUAAAUUGAUACAUAGGGGAUGAAUUUGAGCUGUCUUACAGGGAUUGAAGGCACCUCAUGGCGAGAGAGGGCCAAGUGGACCUCAGGGCUGUCAAGGAGAGACUGGACCCAAUGGCAUACAGGGAUCAUCCGUGAGUAGCACUUUUAAAUCAAGUCAUUGUCCUCGGCAGGUAGCCUGGCGGUUAGAGCGUUGGGCCAGUAACUGAAAAGUCACUGGUUC